GCUCCCGCUCCGCUGCGCUCCCCCCGCACGCACAUUGUCCGGGCGGCGGCGGCGGCACGGAGCGCCCCGGCGCCCGGUGCCAAUGCGGGGCGGGCGCGGCACGCCGGGGGAGCCUCCGCCACCGCGGUGGAAACUUCACCUCGCCGCCGGUCCGACGCACGGCUGAGCGCGGCGGGAAGCCCCGGGCGGUGGAGGGGCGGGGGGGGGAAUCGCUCGAUUCGGUGGUCGAGUUUGUUUUUUUUCCCCCCGGAGAGGAGGGGGGAAAGAAAAAAACAACAACCCAAACCCAAACCAAACGCAAAACAGCGCUAUUCCACCGCAAACUUCCGCCGCCCUCCGCAGGACGCGCAUCCCGCCCGGGGGGACUUGAGCCAUCCCCAGAGCUGAGGACCCUAUUUCUCUGCAGGGCCAGUUAGCCAUCCAGAGGGUGGUGGUGCUCCUGGAGGCCCUGAGCUGGGGUCAGCUGGAAGAUGACCGAGUACAAGCUGGUAGUAGUGGGAGCUGGAGGCGUCGGGAAGAGCGCUUUGACAAUACAGCUCAUUCAGAACCAUUUUGUUGAUGAGUACGACCCCACAAUAGAGGAUUCCUACAGAAAGCAAGUCGUCAUCGAUGGAGAGACCUGUUUGCUGGACAUCCUGGAUACGGCAGGACAAGAGGAGUACAGUGCCAUGCGAGACCAGUACAUGAGAACAGGGGAAGGAUUCCUGUGCGUCUUUGCCAUUAACAACACCAAGUCCUUUGAGGACAUCCACCAGUACAGGGAGCAGAUCAAGAGGGUGAAAGACUCAGAUGAUGUUCCCAUGGUGCUGGUGGGAAAUAAAUGUGACCUGCCAGCACGGACAGUGGAGACCCGGCAAGCGCAGGACCUGGCCCGGAGUUAUGGGAUCCCCUACAUAGAAACGUCGGCCAAAACCAGACAGGGCGUCGAAGAUGCCUUCUAUACCUUAGUGCGGGAGAUCCGUCAGCAUAAACUGCGCAAGCUGAACCCACCAGAUGAGAGUGGCCCUGGCUGCAUGAACUGUAAAUGUGUGAUAUCGUGACUAUGCUGACUGGACCCUGACUUGGAGAGGUGUCCGCUGUGCAGAGCACAAGGAAAGAGGUGAUGCGAAGGAAGAAACAAAUGGAUUCAGGGAGGAGUGGAGGGGGAGGGAGAGAGGAAGAGGACGGGAGAAGUGCCAGCCCCUCCAAGGACUAUCUCGCACUUCACCAAGGCCGGCAGCAGACGACUUUUGGUUCUUUCCCCAUCCCCUCCUCCUUUGGCCUCCUCCCAACCCGGCAACUGUACAAAGCUACAGAUUGAAUCACAGUAAAUUAUUAUUUGAUGGUCUCGACAAACCGUUUUGAUGGCUCUGUCCAGAGCUUGCUGCCAGUGGUGGCUCUGGGAGGAUCACAGGGAACAGGAGAGUGGGGAGGGGAGAUUCUUGGGUUUCAUCUCUGAGUGAACCACCACUGUGCUGCAGACCAGAAAGGCAACAGAGUUGGGCCAGUGAUUUCAACACGGGUGCAAGGCAAACCUCUGUGAAGCAGCUGUGAGCCCACAUGUUGUUUCCUGGAGCCGAGUGUUGUUUGAAGAGGUCUUGAGGUGGUUAAAGGCCAUCUGUUGGCCUCUGUGGGAAAAAUCUUGCGCAGGUAUCCCCAGGCAGUGCCAAUGAACAGUCAGAGAUGAAACAGAGGUGGGUUCUGUGCCCUGCAGAUUGGCGGCUAACGGGCUGCAGGGUGCCAAAGGCAGCAGCUGUGAUUGCACAAGGCCUCGCUUAUUUUCACAUCCAGGGAUUUGUCCUUUAUGUAAAAAGUUCUGCUGCACCACUGUUGUUGUCACACGCGUUUGUUUAAUUAGCACCGAAAUCCUCUGCUGGCCCCCAAGUUUUGGUUGGGUAGCAGAGUGCAACCAGCCUGAGCCUGUCCUCAGCAGUGCCCUGGGCAAUUUGCCUUCGCCCCAGACCGUGUGGGAUUGUUACAAGCUCAGAUGUGAUGCCUUGGAGCACUAGGGAGGAGCUGAGAGCAGCGUUUAGAACUGGUGCCAGUUGGGUGCUUCCUGGGUUUUUCUGCCCUGAGCGGCACUUCAAGCAGGGCAGGAGCAGAGGAUGGCUUCUUGUUCUACCCAGCUUUGUAUGGUAGCGCAGGGUUUGGAAAAGGCAGCAGUGGUUGGCCAAGGUACUUUGCUUGGCUGCUUGCAGCCUUGCCCAGCAGCAGGCAGCUGUCUUUCUGGCACCAGUUCCAAAGUGCUCAUGUGUUCUGGAGGCAGAAUUUUCCUUCUUCCCUGCAGCACCUGGCUGACACUAACACCUGCUUAGUGUAAACACCUUGGGCUGCUCCUGGCUGUCAGCAGGGUAUAAUCAGUCACCAAACCUGGCUGUCCUUUGGAGGCUGGUGCAUGGGCCUCCCUGUGGGCAUGCCUGCCAUCAGCCACUGUGAGUACAUCUGUACAAGGGGCCAGUGGCAUUUCUCCAGCACAGGCCAUGCUGUUGUGCAGGCUGAUGGGACUUGUGUCUGCGCUAGCAGACCCCAGCGAGAGCACCAGAGGAGAGAGGUGAUCCGGGUGGUAGAAAACCAUCGUGCAUGGACUAGCCCAGGCCUGAAGAGGUGUAAGUGCUCAAGGAGGCAGAGGCUGGGAGCGGCAGGGGCAGAGCAUGAGUCACAUCCCUCAUGUAGCAAAAUAGGUACAGGAACCCUUCUGCCCUACAGUACAGAGCCACGGCCCACUGGGAGCAUCCCUGUAAGCUGCCUCUCACCCCACUGCCUGUGCUCUGCCAUGUUGUGCAGUGAUACAAACACAGAACUACUGCUUGGCAUCAAUCUUUACUUUCGACCUGGGCAAGAACUGACUUGCACUAAGAGCUUGCUUUCGAGACUGUCUGCUGCAAAAUGUCAUGUCAGCACGUUCUUGCACACAAACCAGAGUUGCAAGGGAUGUGCUAGAGCAGUAACAGCCAGAACACAAAAUCCUUCAGCAGUUUGGCUGGGAGCAAGGAGCCACAGUAUGAGCACUUCCUUUUCAAAGAGGUUUCUACAUCCCUUAGGCUCAAGUUUUCUUGCUCAAAAAUGCUCUGGAUCUGAGCAAUACACUUGUUACCUGAGUUUGCUCAAGCGUCUUUAGUUGCAAAGCAAAAUUCUAUGCUGAAAAUUGGAGAUGAUAGGUUGGGAGCAAAAGGAGGUGCUAAAAGCUUGACACAGCAGCCCUUCCUCUCAAAUCAUGCGUUGUGAGAUUGCUGCUUAAUUCAGUAGCACAUCUUUGUUCCAGGACAUUGGCUUUAAGCUGAAGAAGGCCAGUCUCAGAGCAAUCAUGGCAGCUUUACAGUGUGGCAGUGAGAUUAAGGUAGGCAAAAACCAGGCCCAGCUGCUUCUCUCAGUUGGAGCUGUUGCUUUGGACUUGGUAUUUUGACUUGCUGACUUGGUGCUUGUGGUCUGAAUGCAGGAGAGCAUCUUGUUGGCAGAGCAGCUAUAACAGGAUGUUAGUAUUCACAAGUUUGCAUACUGAGUAUGAGUUGAAUACUGUCCAUUCAGUAGCUGAAUUUCUUGAGUCUGAAAGUGAUAUCAGGGUUACACAGUUCCGUUACAGUGACUGUAAGGCUAUAGAAGGAAUUACUGCAGUUGGAGUUGAUUUAGGAAUUUCCUUGUAGGCACUGUACGUUCUGGACCAUAAGAUGUGGUUUUGAGAUAUUCCAAUAACUCAUUUUCCCUUACGGCAAGGAGUUCGUUGCCCCUCUCUGUUCUGAUGCUGUGGCGUGAGCUUAGGUAAGUGGAACAGGCAGUUCUCUGAAGAGCUGCUCAUUGUAUAGCCAGGUGUCUUGAGCACUCAGUGCAUUUUGCUAUAGUUUGCACACCUGCUCCCAUUUGGCUGCCAUGAUCUCUUUAGCUGGCUGUGGCAAGGCUGGACUACACUUGGUGCUGUGAUGUGCACCUUGGGCAACUACAAACACUGUGACCAAGAAGGUUUCAGACAAUAUCACACCAAUUAACCUGCUGAGGCUGCAUCUCCUGUGAUGGAAGAGGGCCUUCUUUGAAGCUGUAGCUCUGUUCUGCUCAGAUUCAGCUCUCUCAGAAUGGACAAAUAAACUUUUCUCUCCUGCACCAUUCAAGAAUCUCACAGCCUAUUAGAGAGAGAUGAGAGUUCAGAGAGAUCACAGCUGAGUCAACUGAUGUAAUUGCUUACAAGCUCUUAAAGAUGCUGAUGGAGUGCUGGAACGAGUCUCAUACCUUUUUUGGUCAGUCAUAGCUGCAACAGAAGCACUUUCCCAAGCCAACAAGAGAUGGUAACUUCAAAACGGAGGAGUUCCUGGUGUUUGCUGAAGGUUCUGACAUUGUCUGAAUUGAGCUGAGUUUGCUGAAGUUGGCAUGGGAACUGCAUGGUGUUUAAGGCCUCUUCCAAUCCAAACCAUCCUAUGGCUCUAUGUUUCUGUGAUUAUACGAGUGCAAUGGGACAAGCACGACAGUGCUUGAUUCCUGGGUAAAUGUGUGAGCCAGAAGAUGCUGGCAAGAGGUGCACAAGGUACUGGUGCCAGCACCAGGGCAGUGCCACCACUCUGCUGUGGCAAGGAAGGUACAAUCCAGUGCCUGCAUGGCAUGCAGGGACCAGGAUGCCACUAAGCAACUCCUAUGUCUGUUUUUCAAUGACCAAGUGAGCUGGUGCAGAGAGAACAAAGCUCUGCCUACCACAUGGCUUAAGCCCAGCAUGACCCUGGGGAAAGCCCUGCCCUUCUGAGAAAAGCCACUGAGCCAUCAAACUUCCCGUGCUGCUCUUGGCCUUGUCUUGCUGGUGUAGCUUUGGGUUUGCAGUGGAGGAGCCAGCAAUUGGUGUAAUCACGGAGCUUGAUACCAAAGGGCCACUUUCUCUGCUGCACAGCUGCAAUACCCCGCAGCCUGCAGGAAGGACGUGGAGGGUGGAGUGCGGGAGAGGUGCUGCCCACAACGCAGUUCCUGCAGGAUGCUGUUAGUGAUGAGAGGCACCAGUGAAUGGCGUCAGCAUGAAUCAGCCCUGACUCAGCGGAUGCUGCGUUGGGGCACACCCGUUCUGUCCAGGCAUGGCCCUCUGAGGGCUUCAGGCAGGGAAAUCGGCGUUAGCACAAGGGCUGCGCUGGGCUGUGAGCACAGGGAGGCAGAGAGGAGCGGGUUCCUGUCCUGCUGCUGGGCCCCACUCAGCCCCCUGGCUGCCGCCUCAGGAGGGAGGCACAGAGCCAGGAUCAGCUGGGAUGCAGCUCUGUCCCAGCCACGACUGCUGCUUCAGCUAACGUCUCCACCAUUUGCACACACGGAAGCUCACACUUCUGCACGUGUCAGGGAAGCACCGGGCCCUGCCCCAGAACUGGAGCGAUUUUCCAUCUGCACGUUCACCUAUGAGUAGCCCAGCCCUUCCUCCUGCCUCUAACACAGCUGCUGCAGGGAAGCACGGGGGGGGGAAGCAGUUUUACACUAACCUUUCACUAUUACCACCAUGUCAAACAGAGCACUAUGCAUAGUCUUUCUGGAUCACAGCUAAAAGGAACGAGUGACUUUUUUUUUU